AUGACUACCACCGAUGCACCCAGCACCACCGUGGCGGCACCCAGUACCACCACGGCUGCACCUAGCACCACCAAGGCUCCUAUCAUCACCACAAAGGCUCCUAGUAUCACUACCAAUGCUCCUAGUAUGACCACCCAGGCUCCUAGCGUCACCACCAAGGCUCCUAGCAUCACUACCAAGGCUCCUUGCACCACCAAGGUUCCCAGUAUCACCACCAAGGCUCCCAGUAUCACCACAAAGGCACCUAGUAUCACUACCAAGACUCCUUGCACCACCAAGGCUCCCAGUAUCACUACCAAGGCUCCUUGCACCACGACCAAGGUUCCCAGUAUCACCACCAAGGCUCCCAGUAUCACCACAAAGGCACCUAGUAUCACUACCAAGACUCCUUGCACCACCAAGGCUCCCAGUAUCACUACCAAGGCUCCUUGCACCACGACCAAGGCUCCUAGUAUGACCACCCAGGCUCCUAGCGUCACCUCCAAGGCUCCUAGCAUCACUACCAAGGCUCCUUGCACCACCAAGGUUCCCAGUAUCACCACCAAGGCUCCCAGUAUCACCACCAAGGCUCCCAGUAUCACCACCAAGGCUCCUAGCAUCACCACAAAGGCACCUAGUAUCACUACCAAGGCUCCUUGCACCACCAAGGCUCCUUGCACCACCAAGUCCCCUUGCACCACCAAGGCUCCUUGCACCACCAAGGCUCCUUGCACCACCAAGGCGCCUUGCUCCACCAAGCCCCCUUGCACCACCAAGGCUCCUUGUAAAACGACUGUGAAGCCUUGUACGACUAAAUCAAUUCGACCACGUCCAUCGACGACGAAAUUUUUGCGCACGACUACAGGCACAGGUUCCUAA